GAACACACGUGUGAUAUAUUCCUUAAAAUAAAUAAUAGCAGUUUGGCACUACUCUUGGCAGGAACGUCAAUUGUCAAAAUAAGUUUGACAGCAAAUAGAAGUUUCUCAUCUUGCUGUUUUCCAAUUUAUUAUUUUUUAUUGAAUUGAAGUGAAUUAGUUUUUAGUUUUCUUUUUUAAUCAAAACAAAAGAAUAAAGUAAAAAGAAACUACGAUACAAAAGUGAAUAAGUAAAAUCUUCGAAAAAUGUCUUCACGUGGUCGAGAAGAUCAUCCACAAUCGUCGAAACUUACAUUGGCUGAAAAACAAAAGUACAUCGAAGAUUAUGACUUCCUUUAUUGUGAUGAAUCUGGAAAAUAUGAAAAAGUUGCUAAAAUCGGCCAAGGAACCUUUGGUGAAGUGUUCAAGGCCCGAGAAAAAAAGAGUAACAAAAAGUUCGUAGCUAUGAAGAAAGUUUUGAUGGACAAUGAAAAAGAGGGUUUCCCUAUUACUGCCUUGCGUGAAAUUCGUAUAUUGCAACUUCUUAAGCACGAAAACGUGGUGAAUCUCAUUGAAAUCUGCAGAACAAAGGCGACUCUCAAUAACCAAUACAGAUCUACGUUCUAUUUGGUGUUUGACUUUUGCGAACAUGACUUGGCUGGUCUUUUGUCGAAUAUCAAUGUCAAAUUCAGUCUUGGAGAGAUCAAGAAGGUCAUGCAACAGCUUUUGAACGGAUUGUAUUACAUUCACAGUAACAAGAUAUUACAUCGUGACAUGAAAGCGGCCAAUGUCCUCAUAACAAAGCAUGGUAUUCUCAAACUCGCCGAUUUCGGUCUGGCGCGUGCAUUUAGCAUUCCAAAGAACGAACAAAAAAAUCGCUACACAAACCGAGUGGUGACUCUGUGGUACCGUCCACCAGAGCUUCUGCUAGGUGAUCGAAACUACGGCCCCCCGGUGGACAUGUGGGGAGCCGGUUGCAUCAUGGCUGAAAUGUGGACUCGUUCGCCAAUAAUGCAAGGAAACACAGAGCAACAACAGCUCAUUUAUAUCUCACAACUUUGUGGGUCAUUUACUCCAGAUGUCUGGCCAGGUGUCGAGGAACUGGAACUUUACAAGACUGUCGAACUGCCAAGGGGCCAUAAGAGAAAAGUCAAAGAUAGACUACGUCCCUAUGUUAAGGAUUCGCAUGGUUGUGAUUUGUUAGAUAAGCUUUUAACGUUGGAUCCAAAGAAACGAAUAGAUGCGGACACUGCCCUCAAUCAUGAUUUCUUCUGGACCGAUCCAAUGCCUAGUGACUUGAGUAAAAUGUUGUCGCAGCAUUUGCAGAGUAUGUUCGAGUAUUUGGCUACGCCUAGGAGAUCGGGUCAAGCACGACAGUACCAACAACAGAUGGUAACGAUGAUGUCGAAACCUCAAGACAACAGUUUGAUCGAUCGUGUUUGGUAGGUUAGGUUUUUCUUUUUUCUUUGCAUUUAUGAAGUUCUAUACGCAAGUUCAUACAUUUUAUUUUUAGUUUGUUCGUUUAUAAGUUGAAAUGUAUUUUUUAUUUAAAAGACUUGAGAAAUAAAAAACAAUUUACAUGAA